AUGAAGCUCACCGGUCUCCUCUCUCUCGCCCUCCUCACUACCUUGGCUCUCGCCGCUCCCGACCCCAAGAAGAACGGCCCCAACAGAGACUGGUGUGGCCAGGUGUGCACCGGAAAAAAUGACUGCAGCGGCGAGUGCAACAAGUGUGUCAACUUCGUCUGCAAGCGUACGUCUGUCCUGAUAUACAAGGAGUACCUUCACAAGAAUGCCACUGAUCAUGCCGCCAGACUGAACGCUACUCGUCACCUGACGAUUAUGAUAGACGAGACUACGAGAGUAGACCAUGUCACUGUCAAAUUCAACGUAGAGACUUAUGGCAUGGAAAGUAUAACUAGACGGCCCGAGGCAUGA